AUGGCCGCCUCAUCGAACGACAUCCUUUCCUGGACAAACCAGGACCCGCGCGAGUCCGAGCUCUUCAACCCCUUCGGCCUCGCAUACCGUUUUCAAACUGCUGUCGGCGCCAACGGCAACACCGUCACCACUCUCUGGCGUACUAUUCGCGUGAACAAGGAAGACCGCGUCGCGAAGUUCGAAUGGGCCGCCAAUGGUGGCUUGGGACGAGUACUAGUCGGGAAGAACCUGAUGCCGAUGAAGGACCUGGUACGACCGGACGCGCGGAUACAGAACGGGCGGAUUUUCAAUGGCCCCGAUGGCGCGCAGUACCGCUGGCGAGUCGCCAGUAAUGGCGUCGAUGUUGUUCUGCAAGACGCGAACAACAACGUCAUCGCGUUCUACCACCCCCACAACCCACCAACGCAGUACACAAAGUACGAGGUCCACGGGGAGCUUCACUUCGUCCGCAGUGCGGGCGCUGGCACGGUGACGCAUCCUCCCAUGAUGGAUAUGGUGGUGAUAACCGCUAUGCUCUACCGCUUCUGCGCGAUGUGGGGGAUCUGA